AUGCUGCUGUCUACGGCUGAUCCCACCAUGGGGGCCUCAUCAGCCGGCAGUGAAAAAAUGUUUCAGGAGCGGCAACAAGAGCAAUCCACAGUCAGCCAAACGCAGUGUACUUCGCCGAUGCCGGCGGACACGACGCCCCUCGCGCGUUUUGUCGUGGAAGCGGCUGUACUCGGCACCGGCCUGGUGCGUCCCAUCACAUUCUUUCCCAUCAUGAUGACCAUUAGAUCCACCAGCUCUAGUAAGUACACGGUACCGGAUGUCCCCAGAGGACCACACGAAAAACAUAUGGAUACGGGUAUACAACGUGGCCAAUGGGCCGUCUCGUCAUCUGCGCAAGUGGAUCGUCGCUAUAGCGAGCUGGUGGAGUUCCGAACACUACUUGCCUAUCAGUUUCCCACCAUGAUUGUGCCGCCGUUACCGCCCAAGUCAAAGCUUGAAAACUUUGGCACCUUUCUAACGAAUGGAAACAUCCUACUCACGCAGCAGCGCACGCUUGUGCGGUUCCUUCGCGAGGUUGCCAUGUCACCUGAAUUGAUGUACUUUUCUAUGUACACCCCGAAUUUCUUUCAACUACCCCGCGAGAGCUUUGAGGACUGGAUCGGCAUCAUGCGGGCAGCUCUCGCGGAGUUCCGUCGCUGCAAUUCUUCCAUCGAUGCGCACAGCAUGCGCAAAGGUGGGCUGCUUGGUUCCGAGUCCGUCGCAGCCUUCACCGGCGGGUCUACAACAGUUGUGCGGAAACUCGUGGGGAUGCUUCACUCCUGGAUGGGGUCCGGCGGUGAGAGUCCAAAGGCACCACCCAAACAACAACAAAGUCAGCGGCAGUCUGUCAGCGCAGUAGUUGGCGCAGGUGUCCUCAAUGCGACUGAAGAUCUCAAUUACUGGACAGGUCAAAUGCGGUUUCUGGAAGAAUAUCGUGAGGCCCUGCUCGGGGCAGCGCGUCCCUACCUGACCGUCAUGGAGCAGUCGCUGGAGAUCGUCGUCGCCACGAAGGAAGUUGCGGAGGCGCUUGAAAAAUACGCCGACGCUCUCGGUACCUCGUCUGUGAACAAAGAACUUGCGCGUGUCACUUUGGAGGCCAGCCGCUUCAUUGGCGAAGGCGCCAUCGCGAUGGAUCGGCAUCAGGCCAAGAAAAAGAAUGAAGUAUAUGAGCGGCUGCUCUUCGAGGUGUCCUACAUCGACGCCGCGAUGGACGCAAUUGAUCACGUGAUUUGUCUCUGGCGUCACCGUAACGAAGUCGCCGGUGAACAGGUGGGUGCUGAAUUCACUAUCUACACCAGCGAAGUCAGUAACAAGCUGCGUAACUUUUAUAAAAAUCGGUUCCUGCGUAAUUUUAAGCUCCGCAUGCAGAGCAUGCUGCAUCGCAUGACCGAUGCGGAGUGCCGCUUUGCCGAGGAAGUGGAAGAGAGUAUGAAAGGCACCACAUUUGCCAGGAGAAUACAGAACCCGAAGUACUCAGAGUACGUCCCCGGGCCAUCAUCGUCAUCAUCAACAUCAUAA